AUGGGAUCUCGUGUGUAUAUCACAUCUCUGCUCCUCAGUUCUUCGCUCGUCUAUGCCUUUUCUCCCGCGAUUCGCGCCGACACCAAUCGUGAUGGAGUAGUGGACCUGGAUGGCAACACGGAUGCUGUCGACAAAGACUUAUGGUCCGAGGACCAUGGUGCUAUCUUCCUGCCUAAUAUCGGAGAUGCCAAAGGCAGGUGUCACUUCAGGGACCGCAGAGACCAAGACCUUAGCGACAUUGAGCUGGCCAGCUGCAACGAUGCCUCGGGAGAUACUCUGAUCACGCCAGAGUACCUUGCACCGCUCCGCACGGUGCCCAUCCAUGACAUUGGCAGCAACGCAACGGCACAUGUUGCUGCAGAUCCAUCCCCUUACGUGCGAAUCUUUUGGAAACACGGCUCCGAAUGGAUCUACAUCGAUCCCGAGUUCAUCUUCAACGCCACUGCCAUCCGGACCGGCCUAGAGUUGGGAAUCGAUUCCCGAGCCCUUGUUACGGACUCUGACGUCUGGAACGGCACUGCUCGAGUCUCCUUCACUGUCACGGAGUCCAACACCACCAAAACUGACCAUGUUGCGCUCAAGCUUGCCCCGGUCCUCCUCCACCAUCACCUUCAGCCAGCUCAACGACUUAUCAGCGUUCUUGGGAAUGACUCUACCAAGGCCCAGCAUCGGUUCAUUAGGGAGCUCGAUGCAGCCAAGCAAAAGGCCGGAUUGAACACUCCCCUGACUUUGCUCGGUUCCAGUGAUGAUUGGUGGGCACAGGAUAUUAUGGAACCUGCAUUUGCCAGCAUGCCAGGACCAAAUGGCCCCAUCUCCAUCCGUGUCAUUCUCCGUACAGCCCAAGAAUCCCGUCCGGCUGGCCGACAGGUCUUCACCCAACUCCGUGGCAAAGGUAUCGGUGGUUUUCUACCUGUCGGAAGUGGAGUUCUAGGACGUCGAGAGAUCAAUUCAGGCGGCAACAUCGAGACAAUCCCGCCGUAUACCAGCAAAAAAACCGGAAAGCACUAUCCACUUGGCCGGAUCUUGACUGGACAGCAUUUUGAGGAGAAGCAUUCAGAAGCGAUGAUGAAGUUUUUCCGGGCCCAACGGUUGCAGGAUCCCCUCGUCAUUGAAGCCGGUUGGCUAGCGGUUGGACAUGUUGACGAGUUCAUCUCGUUCUUGCCGGCAGAUAACGAGCUGGGGUUUACUAUGGCCGUUUCGGACCCGGUAGCUGGAUUCAAUGUCCUCCUUAAAGCCAACGAGAGCGGAUAUGGGACGGUGGAUGCUUACAGCGCGAACCUACAGGACCGCACACCUCCUCAAGGUGCUGAACCACGUUUGAACUGGACAAUCGGUCAAGUCGUCUCUGAUGAAGUGGUUCUGCAUGCCACAGUCCGGGCUCAGAGAAAUAUUGAUUCGGCCGUGCACGUUCUCCUCGAAGAGACUGGUUUGACCAAGGAAGAUUUAAUUUAUAUUCCUCACCUCUUCACUGACGGUGAAUUUUCAGGGCCUGGACACACAAAAAGCCGCGAUGGUCUUCCUCCCCACAUGUCGCCACCCAAGGAAGGCGAAUUCAAUGUUGCCUCUUUCUUCCCAGCCUCCAUCAACGGGGUAGUGCUAGGCAACCAUUUCAUUUGCGCUCGAGCAUUUGGCCCUGUUAUCGAUGGAAAAGAUAUCUUUCAGGACGCUGUUGAGAAGGCCUUCCGCAAGUCAAAUAUGACGGUACAUUUUAUUGAUGACUUUUGGUCUCACCACAUCAAUGGUGGCGAUGUUCACUGUGGUUCGAACACACUGAGAGACACGGCCGUGUCAUGGUGGAGUCAGCAGUGA